AUGUUAAGGCGACACCCGACGCGCGUGGAAGAGCGAGCUGACGUGGCAGCCGAAUACGAGGCUUAUCUUCAGGAAAAGGAGCAAAAGUCCAAGACAAAAAGCAGUACCAGUCCACAGCAGCCACCAUCUUCUUUCGGUACUGCGAGCGACUCAAUGGCCGCAAGACAGGAUGCUCGACGACAGGACGUCCGUUCUCGGAUUGGACUGAACAGCACCAAAUAA